CACGAUGGAGCCUUCACAGCAUUCGUAGAGCCUUUUGUAAUUCUUCUUAUUUUAAUUGCAAAUGCAGUAGUUGGUGUGUGGCAGGAAAGAAAUGCCGAGUCUGCCAUUGAAGCCCUUAAGGAAUAUGAACCUGAAAUGGGUAAAGUUAUUAGAGGAGAUAAAUCUGGAGUACAAAAAAUUAGGGCGAACGAAAUUGUACCUGGCGACAUUGUUGAGAUAUCUGUUGGUGACAAGAUUCCUGCUGAUAUCCGUCUCACUAAAAUUUUCUCUACAACACUACGUAUUGAUCAGUCCAUUUUGACCGGUGAAUCCGUUUCCGUAAUCAAACACACUGAACCCAUUCCUGACCUACGUGCUGUGAAUCAAGAUAAAAAAAACAUUCUUUUCUCUGGUACUAAUGUGGCAGCGGGUAAAGCCCGUGGUAUAGUUAUUGGUACUGGUCUUAACACCGCUAUCGGUAAAAUUAGAACUGAAAUGUCAGAAACAGAAGAAAUAAAAACUCCUCUCCAACAAAAGCUUGAUGAGUUUGGUGAACAAUUAUCUAAGGUCAUAUCUGUUAUUUGUGUAGCUGUGUGGGCUAUUAAUAUUGGUCACUUUAAUGAUCCUGCUCAUGGUGGGUCUUGGAUUAAGGGUGCUGUUUAUUAUUUCAAAAUUGCUGUUGCUUUGGCGGUAGCGGCCAUCCCAGAAGGUUUACCUGCUGUUAUCACUACCUGUUUGGCAUUAGGUACUCGUCGUAUGGCCAAGAAAAACGCUAUUGUAAGAUCACUUCCUUCUGUAGAAACUCUUGGUUGUACCUCCGUAAUUUGUUCUGAUAAAACUGGUACACUAACCACCAACCAAAUGUCUGUAUCCCGUAUGUUCAUAUUUGACAAGGUUGAAGGGAAUGAUAGCAGUUUUCAUGAAUUUGAAAUUACCGGUUCGACAUAUGAACCUAUUGGUGAGAUAUUUCUUAAAGGACAGAAGGUAAAAUGCGGCGAAUUUGAUGCUCUUCAGGAAUUAGGUACCAUUUGUAUUAUGUGCAAUGAUUCGUCUAUUGAUUUCAACGAGUUUAAACAAACCUUUGAAAAGGUUGGUGAAGCUACUGAAACUGCCCUUAUCGUUUUAGCUGAAAAAAUGAAUCCUUUUAAUGUGACUAAAACUGGAGACCGCCGUCAAAUUGCAAUUUGUGUAAGACAGGACAUUGAAAGUAAAUGGAAAAAAGAAUUUACUUUAGAAUUCUCACGUGAUCGGAAAUCAAUGUCUUCCUACUGUGUACCUCUUAAGCCGUCUCGUUUAGGAAAUGGACCCAAACUCUUUGUGAAAGGUGCACCUGAAGGUGUUUUAGAUAGAUGCACGCAUGCACGUGUUGGUACGCAGAAGGUUCCUCUAACUAGCAAUUUAAAGAAACGUAUUGUUGAACUGACUGCACAAUAUGGUUGUGGACGUGAUACCCUUCGUUGUCUAGCUCUUGCUACGGGUGACAACCCCAUGAAACCGGAAGAAAUGGAUCUUGGAGAUUCCUCCAAAUUCUAUACUUAUGAAGUUAAUUUAACCUUUGUUGGUGUAGUUGGUAUGUUGGAUCCCCCACGCAAAGAAGUAUUUGACUCUAUUGUUAGAUGCCGUGCAGCUGGUAUUCGUGUAAUUGUUAUUACUGGUGACAACAAAGCAACAGCAGAAGCCAUUUGUAGACGUAUUGGUGUAUUCGGUGAAAAUGAAGAUAGUACUGGAAAAUCUUAUUCUGGACGUGAAUUUGACGAUUUAUCUCCAGCUGAACAAAAGGCUGCUUGCGCUCGUGCUAGGCUGUUUUCUCGUGUUGAGCCUGCUCACAAAUCUAAGAUUGUUGAAUAUUUACAAAGUAUGAAUGAAAUAUCUGCUAUGACUGGUGAUGGUGUAAAUGAUGCCCCAGCAUUGAAAAAAGCAGAGAUUGGUAUUGCCAUGGGAUCAGGAACUGCAGUAGCUAAAUCGGCAUCAGAGAUGGUACUAGCUGAUGAUAAUUUCUCAUCUAUUGUGGCUGCUGUUGAGGAAGGUCGUGCCAUCUACAACAACAUGAAGCAGUUCAUUCGUUACUUGAUCUCUUCUAACAUUGGUGAAGUAGUUUCUAUUUUCUUGACUGCCGCACUUGGUUUGCCUGAAGCUCUUAUCCCAGUACAACUGUUGUGGGUUAAUUUGGUAACUGAUGGUCUUCCAGCUACUGCUCUUGGUUUUAACCCACCUGAUUUAGACAUCAUGAAUAAACCACCACGUAAAGCUGAUGAAUCUCUAAUAUCAGGCUGGUUAUUCUUUAGGUAUUUGGCUAUUGGUGGUUAUGUUGGUGCUGCCACCGUUGGUGCUGCUGCUUGGUGGUUUAUGUUUUCUCCAGAGGGCCCGCAAAUGAGCUACUAUCAAUUGACUCACCACUUGCAGUGUUCUUCUGCAGGGGCAGAUUUUAAGGGUGUUGACUGUAAAGUCUUUAACGAUCCUCAUCCCAUGACUAUGGCUCUUUCGGUACUUGUAACUAUUGAGAUGUUGAAUGCCAUGAACAGUUUAUCAGAGAAUCAGUCUUUAAUUGCCAUGCCCCCAUGGUGCAACUGGUGGCUAAUUGGAUCGAUGGCUCUUUCCUUCACUCUCCACUUUGUCAUUCUCUAUGUUGAAGUUCUUUCUGUUGUAUUCCAAGUUUGUCCAUUGACAGUUGAAGAAUGGCUGACAGUAAUGAAAUUUUCAAUUCCAGUAAUAUUACUUGAUGAAACUCUUAAAUUCGUCGCCAGAAAAAUUGCAGAUGUUGGUGAAGUUGUAGUUGAUAGAUGGUAGAUUAUCUCUUCAAGCGUCAGACUUCAUGCUUUCUCAAAUUAAUUACAGAAUAAUUUAUAAAAGACUCGGCUGGCUUUUUACCUAACAGUAAAAUAUAUCUACUUUCUAUUUUUUUAUUUGCUGAUGAAGUUUGUUAUAAUGUCUAGUUCAAAUUUCCAAAAAUUUAUUUUAAUUUGCAAACAUUGUGUUGUCCAUUCUGCAAGUAUCACUUUUGUCUUCCUGACCCUGUGAUGGUGUUUUAAAGGCGAUUUAAAGUAUAAUUAAUAACGAAUUGUACAUAUUACAUAUUUUAAGAUAAAAAUGUUAUGUAUUGUAUUGUAUUUGAUGAUGCGAGAUCUUUAAAUGAAUUGCUUGCAGACGAGAUCAGCAUCGACCGGAAAUCGAUAUGGAAAGGGGGAUAUAGCCUCCUUAUAUUUCUCUGAGUGUUGCUUUCACCUUCACCCAAUCAUUAAUUUUGCUAAUAUAUUUACGACAAUGAGGUUAUACGAUUUCUUCAUUUAAUCGAAUCGGUUGAGCUGGUCUCGACUGAAAACUGGCUGUGCUGGUUUUGACAGCCAUUAUUGCACAUUGUAUAGUUCUACAUAGUAAUUUACAUCAGUUUUGUAAACAGGAUAUUUGUGUAAAUAAAGUGACAGCUUUGUGGCUGUCUCAGUUUA